UAUUGUUGACUACUCUCUAAUCCCCUACUUUUAUUUACAACAUUUCUUUAUCAACCAUGAGCGCAGAUGCCAGCAGCACCGCCGCAAUCCAAAAGAUUGUCGUCAAGAACCCAGUCGUCGACCUUGAUGGCGACGAGAUGACUCGCAUCAUCUGGCAGCGGAUCAAGGACCAGCUCAUCCUGCCGUACCUGGAUAUUGACAUCAAGUACUACGAUCUGGGCAUGGAGAACCGCGACCAGACCAACGACAAGGUCACACUCGAGGCCGCCGAGGCGAUCAAGAAGUACAAGGUCGGCAUUAAGUGUGCGACCAUCACGCCCGACAACGCCCGCGUCAAGGAGUUUAACCUCAAGCAGAAGUGGAAGUCGCCCAACGGCACGAUUCGCAACAUCCUGAACGGUACUGUUUUCCGCGAGCCUAUCUUCAUCGACAACGUGCCUCGCCUGAUCCCCGCGUGGAAGAAGCCCAUUGUUAUUGCGCGCCAUGCCUUCGGCGACCAGUACAAGUCAGCUGACUUUGAGAUGGACGGCCCCGGCAAGUUCGAGGUCACCUUCACGCCCGAGGGCGCCAGCGAGCCCAGCAUCCGCCACACCGUGCAUGACUUCAAGGGCCCCGGCGUCGGCCUCGGCAUGUUCAACACCCACGAGUCGAUCACUGCCUUUGCCCACGCCUGCUUCAAGAUGGCCAUUGACCGCAAGAUGCCCCUGUACCUCGGCACCAAGUCGACCGUUAUUUCGACCUACGACGCCUACUGGGACAAGAUCUUUAUUGCGCUGUAUGAAGCUGAGUACAAGGCUGAUUUUGAGCGCCUGGGCAUCUGGUACGAGCACCGCCUGGUCGACGAUAUGGUUGCCCAGCUGGUCAAGAUGGAGGGCGGCAUGAUCCUCGCGCUUGGUAACAUGCUUGGCGACAUCAUUUCGGACCUGGUCGCCCAGGGCUGUGGCUCGCUAGCGCUGAUGUCCUCGGUGCUUGUCGCCAAGGGCGAGCAGCCCGGCGAUUUUAUCUACGAGUCCGAAGCCGCCCACGGCACUGUCACUCGCCACUUCCGCCAGCACCAACAGGGCAAGACGACGUCAACCAACCCCGUGGCUUCGAUCUACGCUUGGACCCGCGGCCUCAUCCACCGCGCCCAGCUUGACGGGACCCCCGACCUCGAGGCCUUUGCCCGCAACCUCGAGACCGCUUGCAUUGAGUCCGUCAAGGGCGGCGUCAUGACCAAGGAUCUGGCAAUCUCUAUCCACGGCAACGAUGCCGCUCCUGAGACUUACGUCUCUACUAACGAGUACAUCACCGAGGUCGCGCGCCGUCUGUCUGCUCUGCAGCUCCAGCAGAACUAGUUGUGAUAUUUUUUCAUACUUUCAGUACAUUUUUCUCAUUUCCAAUCGUAUUCAAUAACACGCUUAUCGCGC